GGAGGAGGAGGAGGACUUCCUCCCGUCGCUGCUUUCUGUUUGAGCGCCUUCUUGUUGUUGUUCUGAAGUUUGGACGGACUCGACACUCUGACCUGAGCCGUCAUGGAGACGGACAGCCUGCUGUCCGGCAGCCUGGACGGAGCCUCCGGGGAUUAUGGCUCCAGGACCGGCUCGGAGCGCGGAGGGGCCCCGGGCAGCAGGAGGAUGUCGUACUCGGCGUACGGGGACUCGAGCAGCGUGGACAGGGAGCCAGGUGACGAGGAACUCUACAUCCAGCAGGCUGUUGUGUUCAUCGAGGACGCCAUAAAGUACCGCUCCAUCAACCACCGAGUGGAUGCAGGCUCCCUCCGCCUGUAUCGAUGGUACUACUCUGGGAUAAUCCAGUGGGGUUUGGGUCUGACCAUUGCGGCGGUGCUGCUGCUGGCCUUCAUGGAGCGCCCGUCCUCCUUCUCCAUCUCCUCGGACCCCCGGCAUCGCUCUCCAGCCUGGCAGCCUCCCUGCGGCCUCACCGAGAGCAUCGAGAUGAUCUGCCUCAUCAUCCUCUCUGUAGACGUCGCUGUUAAGAGCUAUUUGAUUGGCUGGGAGGAGUUCAGGAAGAGCAAGUGGCUGAUUGGCUACACGGUGGUCAUUUUGAUCUCUGUCAUGGACUGGGUGCUGUCCGUCAGCAUGGUGUGUGACGAGAAACUGAGGGUGCGGCGGCUCCUGCGGCCGUUCUUCCUCCUGCAGAACUCCUCGCUCAUGAAGAAGACGCUGAAGUGCAUCAAGAGGACGCUGCCGGAGAUCGCCAGUGUCAUCCUGCUGCUGGCUCUCCACCUCUGCCUCUUCACUAUGAUCGGCAUGCUGCUGUUUGCUAAGAAUGAGGACCCGAAGAAGAACGGCGAGUGGGAGUUACACUUCAGAAACCUGCCGAGCUCCCUGACGUCUCUGCUGGUGCUGCUCACCACGGCCAACAACCCUGAUGUGAUGAUCCCCGCCUACUCCCUAAACAGAUGCUACGCCAUCUUCUUCGUGGCGUUCAGCGUCAUCGGAACCUACUGUCUGAUGAACCUGCUGACCGCCAUCAUCUACAACCAGUUCAGGGGAUAUUUGCUGAUGUCGGUCCAGACGUCAUUCCUCAGGAGGCGACUCGGGAUCCGGGCAGCUUUCCAGGUCCUCACCUGCCGGGGACGGGCUGCUGGGGAGCGCGCUCGCGUUGACGCCGUGCUGGAGGUGAUGUCCAGGGUCAAGAUGAAGAGAUACUACAGAGCAGCCAUCACUACGGUGGCGCAGCAGUACGAAGACGUCGGCUUCAUGGAUCGAGAACAGUUCACCAAGAUUUUUGAUGAACUUGAUAAAGACUGCAUCAAGGAGCACCCUCCUCUGCCUCAGUACAGCUCUCCCACCCUGCAGAAGCUCCAGCUGAUCUUCAGUCACUACUAUCUCAUUUUGUUUGGAAACGCUGUGGCUCUGGCCAACGUAGUGUGUAUAUGUACGGUCCUGGUGUUGAACUCUGAGAAGUCCACAGCAGAGAGAGACAACUUCGUCUUGGAGAUCAUCAACCUGUGCUUCAUCCUCUACUACCUGUUUGAAAUGUGUGUGAAGAUCUUUGCGUUCGGCUGGCGGGGCUACCUGUCCUACAGGAACAACAUCUUCGACGGCUUCCUCACCGUCCUGUUGUUGGUCCUGCAGAUCACCAUUUUUAUCACCUACAGGCUUCCGUACUCUCAGUGGGAACCCUCCGCUCACGGCGUGCUGUCGCUGUGGGAGAUGAUCCGUCUGGUCAACCUGCUGAUUGUUUUCCGCUUCCUGCGCAUCAUCCCGGACAUCAAGCUCAUGGCGCUGGUUGCCAGCACGCUGUUGGACCUGGUGAAGAACCUGCGAGCGUUCGCGGGCAUCCUGGUGGUGGUGUACUACGUGUUCGCCGUGUUUGGGAUCUGGCUCUUCGAGGGCGCCAUUAAACCUCCUGAGUCGAGCGUGCUGACCAACGCCUCCAUGGAGAACAUCACCUCCAACUUCAGCGUGGCGUGCGGCACCUACGAGCAGCUCGAGUAUUGGCCCAACAACUUCGACGACUUUGGCGCUGCCGUCAUCUUACUCUACGACGUCAUGAUCGUCAACAACUGGCAGGCGUUCAUCGACGCCUACAGCAGAUACACCACAGAGUGGUCCAAGAUCUACUUCGUGUGUUGGUGGCUCAUCUCCAUAGUCAGCAUCUACCUGCAGCUUCCCAACUCUGAUGUGUUUCUGUAA